CGGGGGUAGGGUUUCGUAUAACCGGUGGACCGGUCCGCAUCGCCCCUUUGCUUUCUAACUCUUAUUCCUAUCUCUUCAAUCCUCUGCUUCACCGUCGUCGCUAAUUCAUGCUCUUGGAGUAGCAGAUUGUCGUGUUCGGUUAGUUGGCGUUGUGCUGAGCUUUGUUGCAGCAAUCAAAAUGGCUGCGUCGUGUUCUAUAUAGCGUUUUUGGCGGUAAUCGACGUGUGUAGCUGAAGAAGAAGAGUGGUGUAGCGUUUGGGUUGCGUUGUGGUGAAAGCGGUUGAACGUGCUCUCUAUUGCCGAGUGGCACUUCACAUUCAGUUGCAGAUCUGAGAUGUCCAUUAAUGACAUUUCGACUUACCUCGAAGGAGGUGAGAGCUGCGGCGGUGUACGACAAGAGGAUGCGAGCAACUUGCUAUGGUGUGACCACUGUUCCAUAGCUUUGUGCUUCGACUGUGACACGAACUUACACAACUCAAAGAACCUCAAUCACGGACACCUUCGAGUCCUUCUGCCUGCUUCACAGACCGAGUCGGUUCGAAAAUGUGAGCAUGGUUCAGGUGGAAGUGGCAACGUGCGUCUUGAUUUGAUCAACAAACCUUUGCUCACCAAGAGCAAGAGCAAGAGCAAGAGCAGGAGUAGUUCAUCGAAGAAUAAGAGGGAGAGGAGCUCCUCAACCACCUCUAAGCUUGAGUCUGGACGUAGGUCUCAUUCAUCUCGCAAUGAUCUACCAGAAGACUCAUGUUCAAACAAGAUUAGCGAUGUCGGAUAUGCGUCAGUCAAAGAAUCCCAAAAACCCGACUUGUCAUCCCAUGAGCCCUUACCGUGUUAUAAGAAAACGCCGUCGAGCUCGUUGAAACUACUUAGGUCGGCCUUACGCGGUGGAUAUGAGGAAGCCGGUCUGGGGUCACGUCCUAAAUUACAUGUGACAUGGCAUCCAGAUGUCACUGACCCCAUAUGCAGUAUAGUUUCCCACACUGUCGGGCACAAGCGUGUUCCUGCUUUCUUAUCACGUCGAAGUCAACAAAAGCAGAUGCGACAGAAAAGCAAGGCAUCGUCUAAGUCUCAGGCACGAGGUAGGAAACAGGGGACGAAGCUCAAGAACAGCGAACCUGUAUAUACGAGGUCUGACUUAUCAUGCGAUUCCAUGAGGAAUUCGUGCACAGAAGACGAAAUGAAUGAAAUUCUAAGCACUUCCGCUUAUGAAGAGUCUACCAAUUUGGAGUGGAGCAAUUGUACAUACUGCACAGAAGGACAGAGCUUGUUUGACUGUGUAAAUAUACCCGAAGGCUGGAAUGGCGGUCUUGAACCAGAAUCUGUACUUCUUGAUAGCGACAAACACGAAGAAAUUCCUUCGAACGAGACUGUCCAUGAGCAGUGUAUGGCGAAAGUGGUAGAUAGAAAGGCAACCACUGAUGGAUGUUUUAGUGAACGUCUACCUGAAGAUUACUGUCACUUACUUGCGACCAUGCUUCAUGCCGCCUCAUCACUUGGACAGGAAAGAACAGCGCGUGAAAGUGCCAAAUAUGAAGCAGUUUCAGGGCUUUUCAGAGACAUGGAGAUCCGUGCUUCGAGUGCCAACCUAUCUGCAUCUGAAGUGGCCUUUAACCCACCAACCCAAAGCAAAAUUUCAGCGUGGAUUUCUGUCGUCUGAUUGGUCGAAGAUAAUUUUAAUGAAUGAGGAUUUGGAUGCGAGAAUUACAGGCGCUAGUUGAAAAAAUAUAGGUUUGGUUUCUGCCGGCACACCUGGAUAUUAGCCAAGUUUAAGAGCUGAUACUUCUGUCAAUUGGAGCUUCACAUACUUUUAUGUAUGAUUCAAUUAACUAUGCAAGAAAUUCAGAUUCAA